GCUGCGCGGGCAGAGUCAGUCGAAAACGUGUUGCGGCUCUUGAACGUAACUCAAAAUAAACUGCGCAUCGGUCCGCUUGGAACUGUGAGGUCAUCGCCAUGCAAGUGGAGCUAGUGUUGGUCAUCAGUCUGCUGCUCGUUUCGCUGGUUUCGCUGGGUGUUGCGGUGCGCACCUGCCAGAGCCACGAGAUCUGCAUUAGCAAGAAGAAGUGCGAUGAGACGGACGACUCCGGGAAGGGGAAGCUGGUCAGCCGCAUACUGGACAACAGCUGUGGAACCGGAGUGGUCUGCUGCGAGAAGGUGCAGCUGGAGAGCUUCGACGCCUAUCAGCGCCUGGUAAAUCCCUGGAGGUUUUCGCAGAACCCCUUAGAAGCCGCAGCGAAUGAUACACCGAAGUUCGCCAAAAAGGAAGAGGAGGGCUACAGGAGCUGCGGCUUCAGGCGGGAAUGUGUGCCCCGUCACCUCUGCACCACCGGAUCGGUCAACGAAAAUGGCCGGUACAUCAUCAGGCCGCGAAUCAGCGAGGAUGCCAAUUUCGGAUGCCGAUCCGUGGAGGAGUGCUGUCCGCUGGACGAGCAGAUCGAGGAGGGUCACAAUCCCAUCCAGCUCGACUUGAAGGACUUCCAGUCCAAGGGCUGCGGCUACAGCAACUCCAAGGGACUCUACUACCAGCUGGAUGGCUACAACGACGGCGAGUCCUUCUUCGCCGAGUUCCCCUGGAUGGUGGCCCUGAUGGACAUGGAGGGCAACUACAUCUGCGGCGGCUCCCUGAUCCACCCGCAACUGGUGCUGACCAGUGCCCACAACGUGGCCAACUACAGUGAGGACUCGCUGCUGGCGCGGGCUGGUGACUGGGACUUGAACAGCCAGACGGAGCUGCAUCCCUACCAGAUGCGACCGAUUAGCGGGCUGUAUCGCCACGAGAACUUCAACCGCCAGACCUUCUACAACGACAUCGCGUUGGCGGUGCUGGAGCGGCCAUUCCAGUUGGCGCCGCACAUCCAGCCCAUCUGCCUGCCGCCGGCGAAGACGCCCGACUUGGAAGAUCACCUGCAGAAUGUCCACUGCGUAGCCACCGGCUGGGGGCACAGGAACAGCACGUCCCGCGUAAUGGAGCACCUGCUGAAGCGCAUCGAGCUGCCGGUGCUGGACCACGAGUCUUGCCAGCGCCUGUUGCGCCGCACAAUCCUGGGCCGUCGCUACCGCUUCCAUGCCAGCUUCCUUUGCGCCGGCGGGGUGGAGGGCAAGGACACCUGCAAGGGCGACGGCGGCUCCCCCCUGUUCUGUACGAUGCCCGGACAGACGGACCGCUACCAGCUGGUGGGCAUCGUGUCCUGGGGCAUCGAAUGCGCCGAGAAGGAUUUGCCCGCGGUCUACACGAAUGUGGCCUACCUGAGGAACUGGAUCGAUGAGCAAAUGCUGAAGAACGGGUUCCCUACAAUUGAUCGAUUUUAGGUUAAGCAGCAGCAAAAUCUCAGAUCAAAUAAUCUCAGCAAACAUUUCCCCUUUUCAUUUUAUGGUCCUUAAAAUAAAAAAAUUCUCAUACCAAAAUUCUCACACACAUAUUUACCUAUUUUAAAAUAGUCCCACCAUUGCUUUAAGAGUAUUUUCCGUUUAAUAACUUAUUCUUAAUAUGUUAAACAACGUUUUGAAUAAAAAAAUAAGUUAAACGUA